GGAGCGAGCGGACGAAUCAGCGGCAAUCACGCAGCGGUUCGGGAGGCGUGUACGGUCCUGGCUGUCAAACUGGGUCCACCGAACCACUGUCCGCCUGUCCUCGGCACUGAGACAUGUGUCUCUCGCGGGUGGAAGAGGUGAGAGACAACGGCGUCCAUAAAAACGGUAAGCCAUCAUGAUUCCCAUCACGGAGCUCCGGUACUUUGCCGACACACAGCCGGCAUUCCGCAUCCUGAAGCCGUGGUGGGACGUUUUCAACGAUUACAUUUCCAUCGUCAUGCUGAUGAUCGCCGUUUUUGGCGGCACGCUGCAGAUCACGCAGGACAAGAUGAUCUGCCUGCCUUGCAAGAGGGCCGUCAACGACACGUGCGAGGCCUAUCCCGGCUCCAGCACGUCGGAGCCCAAAGGCGUCCAGAACGAGCUGGACCGCCACCAGUACAGCUACAUUGACGCCGUAUGCUACGAGAGCACCCUGCACUGGUUUGCCAAGUACUUCCCCUAUUUAGUGCUGCUCCACACGCUCAUCUUCCUGGCCUGCAGCAACUUCUGGUUCAAGUUCCCCCGCACCAGUUCCAAACUGGAGCACUUUGUGUCCAUCCUUCGAAAGUGCUUCGACUCCCCGUGGACCACCAGGGCUUUGUCUGAGACCGUUGUGGAGGAGAGAGACUCCAAGCCUUUGGGGAAGAUGAACGGCGUGACGGAAAAGAAGACUUCGUGCAUGAGCGAGGACGUUGAGGCGAGUGUGCCCAUGCUCCAGCGGACAAAGUCCAGAAUCGAACAAGGGAUUGUGGAUCGAUCGGAAACGGGGGUUUUGGAUAAAAAGGAAGGGGAGCAGGCUAAGGCUCUUUUUGAGAAGGUGAAGAAGUUCAGGAUCCACGUGGAGGAAGGAGACAUCAUCCACCGUCUUUAUAUACGUCAGACCAUCAUCAAAGUCAUCAUGUUCCUGGUGAUCAUUAGCUACGCCGGCUACUUUGUCUUCUUCAUCCGCUUCAACGUAAUGUGCACGGUGGAGACGGAGAAGCUGACGGGAUUCAGCAGCUUCUACUGCGCUCACCCGUUAGCAACGCUCUUCAAAAUCUUGGCCUCUUUCUACAUCAGCCUGGUGGUGGUCUACGGCGUGAUCUCCAUGUACACGCUGUGCUGGAUGCUCAGACGCUCCCUCAAGCGCUACUCCUUUGAGUCCAUCCGUGAGGAGAGCAGCUACAGCGACAUCCCCGACCUGAAGAACGACUUUGCCUUCAUGCUGCACAUGAUAGACCAGUACGACCCGCUGUAUUCCAAACGCUUCGCCGUGUUCCUGUCGGAGGUGAGCGAGAACAAGCUGAGGCAGCUCAACCUCAACAACGAGUGGACUCUGGAGAAGCUCAGGCAGCACAUCUCCAAGAACCCCCAGGAGAAGCUGGAGCUUCACCUGUGCAUGCUGAGCGGCGUCCCCGAGACCGUCUUUGACCUGGUGGAGCUGGAGGGGCUCAAGCUGGAGUUCAUCCCCGACGUCACCAUCCCGCCCAUCAUCGCCAAGCUCUCCAACCUGCGAGAGCUUUGGCUCUAUCACACGCCGGCUAAAAUCGAGUCUGCCGCCCUGGCUUUCCUGAGGGAGAAGCUCAAGGCUCUCCACAUCAAGUUCACCGACAUUAAGGAGAUUCCACUGUGGAUCUACAGCCUCAAGAACCUCAGUGAGCUCUAUCUCACUGGCAACCUGAGCGCAGACAACAACCGCUACAUCGUCCUCGAUGGACUGCAGGAGCUCAAACGUCUCAAAGUUCUCCGCUUGAAGAGCAACCUGUAUAAGCUGCCGCAGGUCGUGACCGACCUGAGUGCGCACCUGCUCAAGCUGUCCAUCAACAACGAGGGCACCAAGCUGAUGGUGCUCAACAGCCUGAAGAAGAUGGUCAACCUGAGUGAGCUGGAGCUGGUGCGCUGCGACCUGGAGCGCAUCCCGCACUCCAUCUUCAGCCUGCACAACCUGCAGGAGAUCAACCUGAAGGACAACAACCUGAAGACCAUCGAGGAGAUCAUCAGCUUCCAGCACCUGCGCCGCCUGGUGUGCCUGAAGCUCUGGUACAACCAGAUCGCCUACAUCCCCAUUCAGAUCGGCACCCUCAACAACCUGGAGAGGCUGUAUCUCAACAGGAACAAGAUUGAGAAGCUGCCCAGCCAGCUCUUCUUCUGCCACAAGCUGCGUUUCUUGGACCUGAGCCACAACAACCUGACCGUCAUCCCGGCCGACGUGGGCUUACUCCAGAACCUGCAGUACUUUGCCGUGACAGCAAACAGAAUAGAGACGCUGCCCAUGGAGCUGUUCCAAUGCAAGAAGCUGCGCACGCUCCUCCUGGGCAACAACUGCCUGGAGACGAUGCCAUCGCGGGUGGGCGAGCUCAGCGGGCUGACCCAGCUGGAGCUGCGUGGGAACAACCUGGAGUGUCUCCCGGUGGAGCUGGCGGACUGCCGGCUGCUGGAGAGGAGCGGCCUGGUGGUGGAGGAAAAACUCUUCAACACGCUGCCGCCCGAGGUGAAGGAGCAGCUCCUGGGGGGAGACAAGGAAAGCGUGAAGAUUUCCUAACAAGAUGAGCGCUGCCGCUGUCUGUAUAGUAUGCGACCUUGGCUGGAAGGUCUGGACACCCCUGUGCAAAAGGAAUAUCAGCUACAACUGACUCACUUUCACUGGCGUGCCACCCGGGCUCAUUGCCAAGCCCACUGCUUUGUGUCUUUUAAUACAUACAUUUUGUGUGCAUGAAACACCUCACUGCUAUGAUGUCAGUGGGCUGAAAGACGGAUCUCUGUAAAAGCUGUGGGUUUGAUGAACGCUCCAUACAAAUGAGAUGUUUACAUGUUAGCACUAGCGCCACAUUGAACACAUUGCUGCAGCGCUCGGUUCAACUUUGCCACAGCAAAAAGAAGCAGUCGGGGAAGCGACUAUAAGAUAAGUGAUUUGCCUUUGCAGCCUUGUCAGGCGGAGCAUGCUGCUAACAUGGCCUUAACUUUACUACUGAGUAUUAUUAGCUGCACAGACGUCGUGUUGCUACGGGCUGCGUUAUUGUCACCAGUCUUGAUGUUUACUAUUUUAUGAUGUGUAAACAUUUCCUAGGUAAGAGUACACAGUGGUGUUUUUGUGCAACUUGUGCUCAUUGAAAAUGACAUUGCAUAUACUAUGUUCAAUGCAGUCAAUUGUAAAAAGAAGUGAACCACAGCCCAAACAUUUAAUUUGACCUUCAUGGCGUUUGAAUGUGGAGGUUUCACUGCGGUGGUGUGACCAUGAGUCACGCUCUGCUCUUCCUGCUGCUCGUCGGCCCUGACUGAAACAUGCGAAGGUCUGAUCUCACGGCCGCUAACAGGAAGCGAACAACUCGUUAAAACAGCCGAGUGUGCAAUAGUGCCAAAGUGCCGCCACCGCUUUGACUUUACAAGCUUCACCCCUCAGUGCAGGGAAGCCAUACUGAAUCUUUAUGGAAUGUACAGGCUUAAAGAAUGAAUGCCAAGUUGACUGAACUUUCAUCUCUUUACGUCCUUAUUGCACUUUUGUAUCGUCGCGAUAAUAAAACUGAACACACACA